UUGCUGAAAUCUCGUGCUAUGUUUACGUACGUGGAAUAAAUAGAGUUUCAGGUCCGGUUGCACCAUGUCUUCCCGUGCGCUGAGGAAACUUCGAGGAGAACAGGGUCUUCCGGACAUUGUAGCCGACCUUGGAGUCGAUAUAAGUAGUGAAGAGGAAGACGUUCCUCAGCCUGUUCCUUCUGGCAGGAAGAAGAAGAAGAAACCUGUGCAAAACCCCUUCGAUCUGCUUGUUGACCAUGACAGUGUAGAGGAGGAUGCUGAGGAGGACCAGGAGAAUGUGGAGCCAGAUGAACACCAGGACCGUGUCGUCACAGAGGCACAGCCUCAGCCAGGGGGUAAGACUGCAGGGAAGAGGAGGAAGAAGAAGAAAAAGAAGAAGGGAGGAGAUAAGGAAGACAAGGGGUCACAAGAGGCUCCAGAGGAUGACAUUGAUGCCAGUAUCAGGGCAGUGAAUGAGAUGUUGGGAGAGCUGCCCCUACAGCCUGCAGCCAGUAGUGAACACUCCACACUCCCUAUCGGAUCUAAAUCACUUCUAUCUGUAGAACACAGACACCUGAGUCCAGAAAAUGAAAUGAAGAGAAUAUUUGGUGCUUCAACAGUUAGAGGAGAACAGAGAUCUAGAACCAGAAACAAACAGCACAAAAGGAGUUGGUUGUCACAGCCCAAAGCCAAUUGGCCUCCUCUGUCUAAAUCAGGGAUAUCUAUGAAGUUGAUAGAGACAAAGAGGGGAUGCCAACAUUUUACCUUUGAACACAACCGUGACUAUCAGAAGGUCCAGUUUGACUUCUUAGAUGCAGUUGAGUCUCUCAACCCAAACAACAUUACGGCGGUGCUACAGCUCCAUCCCUACCACGUUGACUCGUUGACUCAGCUGAGUGAUGUGUGUAAAAUGAGUGAAGAUUUACAGAUGGCUUCAGAAUUGAUCGAAAGGGCUCUGUACAGUUUUGAGUGUAGCUUCCACACUCUCUUCAAUAUGACCCUGGGGACUUGUAGACUGGACUACAGAAAAGCAGAGAACAGGGCAUUCUACCUGGCCUUGUUCAAACAUCUGACAUUCAUUGGUCAGCGUGGCUGUUACAGGACAGCACUGGAGUUCUGCAAGCUCUUGCUAAGGUACACUGUCUUGUUCAGGUUUACUUUACUGUUUCUGCAGAUCCACAGGAACCUCUCACAGCUUCCUAACUGGGCGUUGUCUGUUGCCAUGGCAACAUUCCAGCUGAGCCGAGAGGAGGAGGCAGAGGAGGAGGAUGCUGAUGAUCUGUUACAAAGGGCUCUCAUCAUGUUUCCAUCUGUCUUGUUUCCCCUGUUGGAUAAGUGUUCUAUCCACCCAGACAAGGAAGUGGAGAACCAUCAGUUCUUUGGUCCACAGGCUCAAGUCAGCCAACCAGAAGCCCUAGGCCAGCUGGUGGCCCUGUUUGUGGGGAGGACCAGCCCCCUGUGGAAGGAGCCGGAGGUCAUGCAGUGGCUGGAGAGGAACGUGAAGGCUGUACUAGACAGGGUGGACCAGGGGGACCCACUGGUGGAGGAGGGCAGGAAAAAGAGACAGCUGAGGUACCAAGGCACCCCACGGAACAUUUACAGGCACAUCAUCGUGUCUGAGAUCAAGGAUGCCACAGCUGCACUGCCAAGGGAUCUAGCCAAUGCUCCGGUGCUGUCCUAUGAUCCCCUUCCUCCUGCCAAUGCCAUCAUUAGCUACACUAGGCCACAGAGAAGACGAGUUCCAGCUGGUACAGAGGGAGAACACAGCACCCUGUCCCUGUUCCUCAGGUCCAUGAUGCCAAACUACAACACUCAGCAGGACCAGCCUGUGAGGAACGUUGUCCAAGGCCAGGCUGACGAAGCAGAGGGGGCCGUUGGCGGACAGGAUACAGACUUGCAUCGUGGGAUACACGCCUUAAUGGACGCCAUGCGGGACCUCCUGACCAACAUCCAACCCGCCAACGUCCCCCGGGAGGACGGGAGGGAAAGCGACGAGCAGGAAUGGGACGACGAAUUUGACUAGAUUUAUGUAAAUGCAUUCUCCUACGCAGAGACAUCCAACGACGGCAUCAAACCGCCUCUUGUCUGUACUCUGCUAUCUCAACUGUCACCAUCAGUUCCUGUGGGCGGCGUCACCACAAACCAGCUGUCAGCCAAUCAGAGAAUAGGCCUUUGAGUUUUCAAAAGGGAUCUCGCAUAUGUAAGGGUAAGCUCAUUAAUAUUUAUAAGCAGGGCGGUCAGGAACUGAUGGUGACGGUUGAGAUAGCAGAGUACAGACAAGAGGCAGUUUGGUGGCACCGUUGCAUGUCUCUACAUAGAAGAACAAGUACAGCUAUUUUUUACCAACAUAAGGGCUAUUGAAUACUUAAAAUAUUAGCAAUAGUCCUUGUUGUGUCCCUUAUCUUUCUUCGUAGAUACAGAAUAGUUUAUUUUAGAUCUUCAAUCUUUCAAACUAAUCUUAGACUACUAAAUAUGUUUCCUGUGUUUUUGUUAUGAAGUAAGAAUCAUUGAGGUGUGAUGUAAAAAGAAAUCACAUUUAAAUGAUUGCAUACUUACAAUAGGCCAUUAAUUAAAUUGUUGUUGUUUGAGCCUUACAUUAAUUUUUUUUCAUGUUUGCAAGAGUGGAAGCUUACCUCCAUAGCCUAUAAAGAAUAUGUACAGUAGCUUGAAUAAAGAAAUACUACACAUUA